AUGACGGCCGUUUAUAUCUCACCGAAUAUCAGCGAUAGAGAAUACCAAAAGGCCAUAGAUAAAACUUUUGAAACGGCUACCAAUAACAAUGGAGGACGACUAUCCAUAAUGGCCGGAGAUAUAAACGCGAAAUCCGCAAUAUGGGGAUCUCCUAUAUCUGAUACAAAAGGACAAAUGGUAGAGGAGUGGUUGGCCCAAACAGGAUGGGUAGCAAUCAAUAACGGCCAUCACACCUUUGAAAGAGGUAACUCUAAAACACAUAUAGAUGUUACUCUCUGUCAUACCAGUCAUUAUAAUAAGAUCACCAACUGGUGUAUAGAAUAUAUCAAUCCCUACACACACCAUGGACAUAUUCGAUAUCAGAUAAAAACGAAAGGAGCAAUAAAAAAGAUGAGCCCUAACAACAGGAAAAGGACAUACUUGAACACCGAAAAGUACGUAGAAAUACUAAAAAAAAGUAAUGGAACAUACGAGGAAAUACUGAAGGCAUAUAAAGAUGCCUCCAAUAAUAACGACGCUAACACCUCGAUGCAACCAUUCUGGUGGAAUCCUGAAAUCGAGAAUGCCAGAAAAGAAUAUAAUAAACAUAGACGUAAAUACACCCGAGAAAAACUCCCACAUUUAAAACAAAAGUGGGAAGACGGUAUGAAGUUACAAGGCAAAGUACUAAAAAGUCUAAUUAUGCAAGCCAAAAAGAGAUGUUGGGACGACCUCAUGAAAGACAUUGAAAACGACAUAUGGGGACAGGGUUACAGGAUAGUGACGGGCAAGUUGGCUAAUAGAACACAAGGCCAACUCAGCGCGGAAAGGAGAAAAAAUAUUCUCCGCACCCUCUUCCCGACAACAAGAGGGAAAAUGACGACGACGACGAACGAAAUAGUUUCACCAGUGACGAGUUCGAUAUAG